AUGGCGGAGUUGCAAAGGUCUGCCGUGUCGUUCCGGCGACAGGGUUCCUCUGGCUUGGUGUGGGACGACAGAUUCUUGAGCGGCGAAUUGAAACCUACGAAGCGCUUCCAUGAAGACCAACACAACGUUGUUUUUCUUUCCGGUGAGUUGAGGCCUUCUCGAAGGGUCGGAUCCGGCGGUGGCCCCUCAUUUGAACGAACCCGAUCUUCCGGCGCAUAUAAAAUGGACGCAAUAUCACCGUCGCCGCCGCCGAGCAGGGGAGAUCCCUCCUCACCAAAGUUCGCCGGCUGUGGAUUCUGCGGCGUGUUUGGUCGCCCCGUCGGCGGGAAUCGCCAACACAAAUCUAACAAGCGUCGAUCGGCGUAA